GUGGACAGGUAUAUAAGAUCCGACGAAUGUGCUCGACAGCACCAUCUUCCUAGAUACACCAUUUGCGAACCACUCAGCAUCCGAAUAAAAACAACCAUGCGCCUCUUCUCCACCCACGCUCUUCUCGCGCUCGCCUCUUUUGCAACUGCCUCACCUAUCCACCUGGAAUCUCACCACAUGGUCGCCACAACUGCUUCCCCCAUUCCCGCAUUCCUAUCCUUGGUGCUGCGCCGGCUGUUUCCAGCGGCAACUCAGGUUCCAAUUAUCGCCUCCCCUGCCGGUGACAGAAGUUCAGUGCCCCUGAAGCAAGAACUUGGAAAAGUACUCCAAACUUUCAGCAGUUUACUGGGCAACAAUAGUGCCGCGAAGAUAGCUGGCCCACAGAAGCGGACUAACAUGGGGGCUAUUGAUAAUGGCACGGCAGCUAUUAGUGAGAUUGUACCAUUGGUUGCAAGAAUCAUUAGCCGCUUCAAUUCUGGUGGUGCCUCAGCUUCUGCUGCUCCAUCCACCAGAGAUUUUGCAGCGGGACCCAUGAACAUAGCACAGCAUGACCUCAUUACGAUCGCUGAUAACGCUGUCAACAAGGCUAUGCUGCCUCUCAAUGACACUAGCAACAACACCAAUCAGGAAAGCGCUUCCGCCUGA